CACACACCCGAGCACAGACAGCUGCAGCACCGACCAUCAACCAUGGCUGUUUGGGACAUUGCCUCUCGGCUCCUCGGACUCCUGCUCCUCUUUCACACCUGGAGAGCAUGGGCCGUUGUGGAGGUGGAAAUGGAGGACAUAGUGGAGGUGUUCAGGGGAGACACAGCUCAGAUCUACUGCAAGUUCACAUCAGAAGACGGCAUCGGCGCCAUUGACAUCGUGUGGUUCUACACGGCACGUACUGGAGAUAGGCAGAAAAUCUACUUCCAAGACUCCACCAUGAAGCUUGUUGAUCGAGGCACGCCGUUCACCGACCGCAUCAGCGUGAACGGCACCGGGGCCAAUGGAGUGGUGGUGCUGACCAUCAACGAAGUGAAGCUGAAGGAUGAACUGGAAUUUAUCUGUUUCAUCAAGAGUCUAACAGACGGGAAAGGGGAGGGACGCACAAAGCUAAGGGUGUUCGAAACACCAAAGUUUCCCACGAUAGAUGCUGUUCGAACAGGGAUCUCAGUCAGCGAAACCGGCCUGUCCAAGAUUGGGGUCUGUGAUGUCAAAAACGGCUUCCCCAAGCCGAACGUCACUUGGUACAGAGACAACACUCCACUGCACAAUGUUCCGGAUGAAGUGAAAGUGAUAUCCAGCACCACCACUGAGUCCAGUGGUCUGUUCUCAGUGAAGAGUGAGCUGAGCCUGCAGGUGACGAAGGAGGACAAGGACGCGGAGUUCUACUGCGAGGUCAACUACUUUGUUCCUGGAGAGACUAGGAUGACAGAAACAAACCGAAUCAACAUCACUGUACACUACCCAGCCACAGCCGUAAGUUUGUGGGUGGAGUCACCAAAGGGCAAAAUCAAGGAAGGGGACUCAAUAGAGUUUCACUGCCAUGACAACGGGAAUAGUGCUUCAUCAUUUACAAUCACCGAUGAACGGGGCGACCCCAUUGAAGAGUCCAAGGUGCUAAAAAACGUGACCCGUCGGAACAAUGGAGUUUAUAAUUGCAAUUCUCUAGACCUGGAAACCGGUGAAGAGAUCUCUGCAAAUACCACUGUGGUGGUGAACUUUCUCGACCCUGCUGUGGUGAUACCUGAAGACAUUGCGGUGGUAGCCCUUGGAAAGGGGCUGACAGCCACCUGCAACGCCCUCUCGUCUCUCCCGACAAGCACUGCCUGGUUUAAGAAUGGAAAGGAGAUAUUUAAGGGUCACACCUUGACCCUAAGGAACGCUACAUUCGACACAACAGGGACGUAUGUGUGUGUGGUGACUGUUCCUGAUAUCGACGGAAUGGAGACGAGCGGCACACUUCAAGUUAAUGUCAAAGGCCCACCAGAGAUCGAGAGGCCAGACAACACAGAGAUUGAAGAGAGCGUUGAGACGUCGGUCCAUCUCAGCUGCAGCGUCAGAGGUUUCCCAGCUCCCAUCGUCAACUGGACAACCUCUGAUGGAAAGGUGCACGAUUCAAAAUCCAAGCUGACGGGGGAGGGCGUUCAGAGUGAGGUCAGUUUCAAGGUCACCUCUGACGUCACCGCUGUCUGCAACGCCUUCAACGAGCACGGCACCGACACGGUGGCCUUCCACAUCAAAACCACUAUACACACGACCACACAAGCCACCAACACCACUAGCACUACUAUUUCCUCUACCACAGUUAAAGGAGCAACAGAUAUCCAGAUAAAGAAAGAGGGCAAUGGUGUGGUCAUUCCAGUCAUCAUUAUCUGCGUCCUGCUGCUUGCCCUCUUGGGGAGUGUGCUCUACUUCUUCUACAAAAAGGGCAAAAUCUGCGGUCGAUCAGGAAAACAAGACCUCACCAAAGAGAAAUCCAGCAAAGACAACAUCGUGGUGGAGAUGAAAAGUGACAACACAGAGGAAGCCAUUCUCCUCGGGGUCAACGGAGAAAAACUAUCUCCCAGCGACUAGUAAAGGCUGGUGAGCCCCUGGACGUGCAGAAGUGAGGAGGUGAUUUCAGCUGCUGCUCCUGCUCUUCCCUCUCAGGCUCGUACCUGCUGAUGCCUUCAAGUUUCCACCAGAUCUCCUUAUCAGAUCAGUCGUCCGUCAGUUAAUAUCCCAAUGGACGACAGUUGAUUUGAGCUGCAACUUCUGCUUCCUGUUCCGUCACAAUCCACGCACAUUUCUCCUGGAAUGCACCUCGAGCUUUAGCGACACAUCCUGCGAAUAAAUCUUCUGCCUCCAAACGAAAGGACGGACCUUAGACCGUAGCUCUCGUUUGCACGAGCCGUGUAAAAUGCUGAUCAUCCGUAGAACAAACAUAUAGAGCACAAAGUUGACCAGGGACUGUUUUUAUAUGUGACUGAGCGUCGACUCAGGCAAAGCAAUCACUGCAGAGCAGCUUGACACGCCUCUUUAUCAAAAGUGUAUAUAUUAUAAUCUGUGUAUAUAUUUCUUUAUUUAAAAUAACAAUAGAAAAAAAAACAACAACCAAAAAUAGAUGACCAGGUAGUGUUUUAUGUCGUUCUGGUGCUCCUGACACAGAGCAGGGAGAGUUUGGAAAGUAGUAGUCUUCCUGUUUGUAUUUUCUUUUUUUUAACGUUUUCUGUUCUGCUCAAGUCUGCACACUGAAGUUUAUGGGAGAUGUUUCCCUCACUAAACGAUCUCCAGCCUUUCUCAAUAAUGUUGCCUUUUAGCUCUGAAAUCAAAAUUGAGGUAAUUUACUCCCACAUCGUUCACAUCAGAUUUUUCUCCAUCUACAUUUUACGCUCCUGUCUGUACGCCUCACACUUUGUGUAUACUAAUGAGAAUAUUUUUUAAAAGACGGGUGAAUAAUCUGUUCAGGAUUUGACUAUUAAGGAUUAACAUUAUUUCUGGUUCUGGUUUCUUGGUCGUUUCUUUCCUUCACAAUCUAGUUUUGUAUCUUACGUGUGUUUUUGAAACAUUAUCUAUUUAGUUACGUUCACUUUUAAUGUUCAGUGCACUGAUUUGUUUUUGUUUUUAUCCUCCAUGCAGUGGUGUGUUGUGUUUCUCUAAUGUGAAACCGCCGUCUUGUUUUAAUGUGAAUGAGAAUUAGGGGAAGAGGAAGGAUGAGGAUUAUCGGUCCAUGAUAAAUAUGGUUCACGGCAUGAAGUCGACCUCGUUAUCAGAAAAAGACACAUUUCUGUUUAAUGAAUGAAUGAAUUCAUGUGUUGACUGAAACAUGAAACAAUCUGUUGGAUCAGAGAGAAACAGACGGAUUCCACCUCAGACGUGAGACGCGUGAAAUCAACACACGUUCUGUGUAUGUGUAUUUUCAUGUUGUGACAAUAUAACAUGUGUGACUACUGAGGAGGGGGAACUGUGACUCCAGAUAUGCAAAUCAAUUUGGACGAGCAACCAAUCAAGCUGCUCCGUGCAGCCCACUAACUCUCCCUUCCUCUUCCCUGUGGGUCUGUUUUCUGUUCCUGCUGUUUUUAUUGUUUUAAGAACUACCACUGUCAAAUUGAUGUGGAUUUAUGAAAUCUGUUAAAUGCCUUUUAAUGCCUCAGAGUUUAAGUCAAUGUCAUCGAUGGCAUUCAAACCAAUUCACCAACAAAGCCACUGUUUGUAGUUUUUGAGAAUUAUACCAAAUAAAGAUUGACUGUUAAUUGAAA